AUGAACACAUUGUCCCAGCGCGACAAUCCACCUGUCCGGCCAGAUGAGAACCAGGGACCGACCAUCCUUGCUGCCACCUUGACGGUCACCAUCGCUGCCUUAUUUGCCGUCAUUGCGAGGUUGUAUGUGAGGUUACGAAUGAUCAGGAAUGUCGGGUGGGAUGUAAGCAUUUUCGACAGCGUUUACUAUGGAGCUGGACGACACAUUGAGUACAUUGAGAUUCACGAGUUUCAGAACUCUUUCAGACUCAAUUUCGUCACCCAACCGCUGUAUCUUUUCGCAAUCUGCUUGACCAAGCUCUCUGUCGGCUUCUUCUUGCUCCGCAUCGCUGUGCAGCCUUUCUAUAAGAAGCUGAUCAUUGGGAUCAUGUGCUUUAUGUCAUUUUACACAAUUGGGUGCUUCUUCACCAUCGUGCUGCAAUGCACCGAUCUUCGUGUACAAUGGGAUCAGACCGUUAAGGGAACAUGUUGGAGCACAAAGACACUCAAGUCUUUGAGCUAUAGUAAUCAGGCGCUGAACAUUUUGACUGAUGUUGCCUUCUCAGUCGCCAUACCGAUUCCGAUGCUCUGGAACGUGCAGAUGAACCGACGACAAAAGGCCUCGAUUAUUGGUAUCCUCGGUCUCGGCAUGUUCGCUACUGCUGCAGCGGUCGUCAAGCUAUCAUACGUCUCCACCUAUGGCCGCUCGGGUGACUGGCUAUGGGACUCUCGCGACCUUACCAUCUGGACAGUCAUUGAGUGCAACGUCGCCAUCAUCGCAGGUUGUCUACCAUGUUUAAAACCUCUCUUCCGCACUGUCCUCGGCUCUACAUACGGACGUGGAACGCGCAAGACUGAGCCUUCUAAGUACAUAUCGAGACCCUAUGGACCAGGCACACCGCAGCGCUCGAGAAACUAUUCCGAAUUACAUUCAAACAAGACGGCGGAUACCGACUACAAAGGCUAUGGUGGCAAGGAUGCAUACAUGCUUACUACCAUAGGCACGGAGAAGCACAUGGGCGGUGAUGUAAGCCGACUAUCCUCUGGAAGGAGCUCGCCAAACCAGGGCAAGGACAGUUCGGAGAGUAUCGCAAGGCUGAACAGCGAGCCUGGUUUCGGUGGCUUGGGACGCAUCGCUGUCACAACGAAGGUGGAUGUGACAGAGUCUGAAAUCUAUGACGACAGGCAACGGCACGGUCGACCAAAAGCAAAAGAAAUGGUGUGA